UAGUCACUAUCUCCAGCAAGGUCCAGUUUAAGGACCCAAACAAAAUGUCCCGGAAGUUUUGAGAGAAUGAAGUAAACAUUGGAGUUUAGUCUUAAAUUAUACUCGCCAUUAUCUAUUAACAGCAUUUACAGAUUAUUGUCGAAAAUGAACAAUAUGUCCCCGGAGGUUGCACUGCAUCGUAUCUCGCCAGAGCUGAGACCACUGCUGUGCAGUGUGGUGAGGAACGGGCGCGUGGGACUCGACGCGACCAAUUUCCUCCGAGUCACAGAUCUGAAGACGGGAUGCACCACUCUGACCCCUGGUCCGUGCUGUGACCGCUUCAAGCUUCACAUACCCUACGCUGGGGAGACCUUGAAAUGGGAUAUCAUUUUUAACGCCCGGUAUCCAGAACUUCCGCCAGAUUUUAUUUUCGGGGAGGAUGCCGAGUUUAUACCCGAACCCUCAGAACUACCGCACCUGGUCCGGUGGGACGCGGGGGACCCCGAGUGCCUGCUGCAGCUGGUCAAGGAGCUGAUCCAGCAGUACCACCACUACCAGUGCCAGCGGCUCCGGGACAGCUCCAGGCUGCUGUUUGAGUACGACAGCCUGCUGGAGGAGCCCAGCUACGGCCGCAACAUGGAGGUCUACGCCGGCCGCAAGAAUAGCUGGACAGGAGAGUUCUCUGCACGCUUCCUGCUCAAGCUUCCUGUGGACUUCAGCAACAUCCCCGUGUAUCUCCUCAAGGGGCUCGGACGAGGGAAAGGGAAUGAACAUGGACUCACACCUCGGACACCCACGCACCGCACAGCCAGAGUGGCUGAGAGUGGCCUGAUGUCUGUAUGUGCUCCAAUCAUUAACCGAAUCAAGGACACCACGCUGGACCCUGGAGAGGACAUGGCCCUGCUCUCUGUGAGCUUCGAGGACGCCGAAGCGACCCAAGUGUUCCCCAAACUCUACCUGUCCCCGAGCAUUGAACAUGCUCUUGGAGGGACUUCCGCCCUUCACAUCCCGGCAUUCCCCAGCGGGGGCUGCCUCAUCGACUACGUGCCUCAAGUGUGCCAGCUACUCACCAACAAGGUGCAGUACGUGAUCCAAGGCUACCACAAGAGGAGGGAGUACAUCGCCGCCUUCCUGAGCCACUUUGGAAUGGGGGUGGUAGAAUACGACGCUGAAGGAUUUACAAAGCUAACCCUUCUCCUAAUGUUAAAGGACUUCUGCUUCCUGGUCCAUGUGGACCUGCCGCUGUACUUCCCCCGGGACCAGCCCACCCUGACCUUCCAGUCGGUGUACCACUUCACCAGCAGUGGGCAGCUGUACUCCCAGGUGCAGAAGGCCUACCCCUACAGCCCUCGCUGGGACGGCAACGAGAUGGCCAAGAGGGCCAAGGCUUACUUCAAGAGCUUCAUCCCCCAGUUCCAAGAGGGAGCCUUUGCCAAUGGGAAGCUGUAGUACUCUCAAUCUUAACGGCAUGCAUGGAGAGUUGCCUGUGUGUGUGUGUGUGUGUGUGUGUGUGUGUGUGUGUGUGUGUGUGUGUGUGUGUGUGUGUGUGUGUGUGUGUGUGUGUGUGUGUGUGUGUGUGUGUGUGUGUGUGUGUGUGUGUGUCUGUGUGUUUGGGGGAGCAAUGCCCACGCUUAUGCGUAGGUGUAUGGAUGUAUGUAUGCGUGUCCGCUGCGUGAGCAAAGAUGGGUUGCUAGCUUCUGUCCCCUCCAAUACAAUGAUGGAAGUGGGGUCGGUGUAUUUUCUCGCUUUGACACGGAAACCCUGUAGCAGAACGGGGGGAGGAGCUUUGGACUGGGAGGUGAGGAAGUCAUUGUACCCACUCUCGGCCCUCUCCUUCUCUCUCUCGCUCUUUCACUCUUUUCCAUCUAUCUAGUCUUCUUUUUCCUCAUUCUCUCUCACUCACUAACAGACGAACACACACACACUGAUCAGUCUCUCUUUCUCUCUUUCUCUCUUUCUCUCCAUCCCAAACCCAUCAGAAAUUUGACAGUUUAAGGCGUUUACUUGAUAAUUUCUUUAAUAUUUAUUAUAUUCAUCUAUGGAUGAAAAAUUAAAUACAGGGUUGGCACUAUGUACGCUUGUCAAAUUUGUUGUGUCGUAAGUUGCUUGUUUUGUUCGUCAUCGUCGGAUAUCUUGGGUACGGGUUUGCUACCAUGUGUAUGUUUAAAGGCUCCCCAAACUGCACAUGUCAAGGUUCAAAUGUCAAAUUUGCACCCUUCGUUUUUUUUAUAAAUCUUGGGAAUGUCAGUGACUGACAUGUCUAGAAUAUUGCUAAACACUUCAUGUAAAUGUCUCUUUUUUGUGUGUCACACUGCUUUUAAUAAACAGUUUACCAUCAGAAACUGA